AUGGCACUUUACACGACUACCGAGGAGGCCAAGUAUAUUUUCCCCUCACUGUACGAGUACUGUAUAGACAUGGCCCAGGGUGCUAUCCAGCUUGAGCGUGGCCUGAGCUCUGGGGCUGUCGUCCUGACUGCAGAGCACCAGCAUAGACUCCACCCCCAUCACGGUGUCCUGCUCCAGCUGCAUCAUGUCUGGGGAGAGAAAGCAGGAAAAAUGUGUUCAUAUAGAUACCACUUUCAUCCCUAAAUAACACAGGCCAGGCAGCAACAACCAUUACAAAAAAUGUUUUCUUGGCAAAGAACAAAACACUGCAGUUAAUGAAGUGGAUGACUGUUACUUUACUAUACUGUACUGGUCAUCUGUGAAGGCCUGUGAAGACCUUGGAGUGCACCAAACCCAUUUUAACAUGAAUUAUUCCACUACUGGAAGUUUUUCUUAGGUAAGCUCUAUUUUUGGAUGGCUGUGAAGUGUGAAGACCUGUGAUGGUCAGGUAGCUAAUGAAAGACGAGUGACAGGAGAUCUCCUCCCUCUAAGUGGUACCCUAUAAACACCUUUCUCUGGACAGGAAAUAGCGAUGUUGGCGAGCACAGUGACUCCAUGGGCAGCAACGGCCAGGUUGCUAUAGUAACAACAAUCCUGCGCCAGCUUAACCAGGUCAGUGAGCCGAGGAGGGGUGGAAGCACCACCUGAGGGGCAGAAAGAAGGAAUGUUUUGGAAUGUUUUGAACCCAACUUGAGUAAUUGACUGAAUGUUCCCAACAUCACAAGGCCCCAAGGUGUGCUGAUAAAGGAUCAGUUUUGCCUUUUUAGAUCAUAAUUAAUUAGAUUAUAUGGACAAGUUGGACCUGAUACUAGAUCAGCACUCCUACUCUGAGAUGUUUUUUGAAAAUGGGCUUCAAGUGGUGCGUUGUUAAACUUUGAAGGAAAAACACUGUUGUUGAAUUUGUAGUAAAUCGUUUUUUUAAUAUGAUUUAUAUGAAAGUCCGUUUCAGAACUUUGCAUUAUACUGUAUCUGUUCCAGGGUUGAAGUACUGUUUAAUGGCGAUGGUUUCGGAGAGGGUGGAGAGCACAGACAGCAUGCCCAGCUUCAGGCUGUUGGAAGGGCUACUCAGGACACACUCACACAGGGUCUAAAUACAGAGGAAUCACAGAUUAUUUUCAAAGGUUCUGGUCAUAAAUUGCAUUUCAAGGAAAAUAAAUGAACACAGUAUCCCUCAUAAUGAACACAGUGAAAACAUGGAUUAUCCUCAUAAUAACCAAUGAAAGACAAUUCACCACUCGCUGUUGGAUUAUGGAGGAGGGAAUUUGCAAGUAUGUGUGGGACAUAAGACCCCACCUGAGUGUUUUCUCUGUUCCAGAGAUGGGGGGCCUUUUUAGCCAGGAGCUUCAAGUCCUGGAUGACCAGUCUCUUGACUGCUUUUCUGGGGGCCUCCUUCAGGUACUGGAGAAGGAGCUGUAACUGCAGAUAGAUAGAGAGGGAGAGAACAGACUAUCCGUUAAACAAUAUUCAAAGCCUCCUACUAGUCUCACAGAAAUGUAUGCUCAGGAAAGAAGUUUAGAUUUUCUAGCCUGGGUGGGUGCCACAGUAUGUUGUCCACUUUUGCUAAGCUAUGCUGUCUAGGGACUUCAGCAUUUCAGGUGCAUAUAAACAAGUCACUUGUCACUCAAAUUCUGUACUGGGAGAUCUGAUUGUCUGAUUGUUUUGAAUGAGAUGCACUCUGUCUGCUGUGGUGGUAGGUGUCAUGCCAAAUAGCAUCCAGCUGCCAAAAACUGUCUGGGUUGCGUACCAAUGGGAUUAUAAUGUCCAUUAGUGUCCGGGGAGAGACUAUGAGGACUUUUCUGAUCAGCAUCCCAUUGACAACCCGACUAGCCAAAAUCUAAAACGGAGCCUUACCUUAAUGCUAAUCUUAACCAAACCCUUAACCCAAACUCUAACCUUAACCAAUUCGAAAAUGUCCUAUCAGUUUACAUGUCAGCCACGCCCCUUAGUUUCCCCCUAAUGUCCGUUGCUAUGGCUACCUGUUUGGGGAUGUCGAUGUGCGAGGAGGAGGCCAGCUGGGUGAAGGUGUGCAGGGUGACAAUGACCAUGGGGGUGGAGGGGUAGGAGGUGACCAGCUGUUGAAGCAGCUCCCAGCUGCUGGAGGCCAGGCUGCUGGAGGCCAGGCUGCUGGAGGCCAGGCUGGCAUUGUGAUGCAUGUGCAGCAGCAUAGGGAUUAGGUUCAGUUUCAGGUCCACCGGGGCGUCCAGACUUGGGGAGGAACAAGAGCAUAGUGAAACAUAGCACGCGCCAAUGGGAGAUCACCUGGGUCAUGUUCAGUUGGCAUGAAAUGGAUUUAAAAGCUCAGAAACCAGGAUGUACUAUCUGAACUUGUCCAAUAACAAAUGCUUGCAUGUCUGCCUUUUUUCCUGUUGCAAAAUGUUUUGCUACAGUGUGGCUUAAUGAACCACGACCCUGGAUGCUUCAUCUAAAAAUAAAAUCACAUAGCCUUUUCUUCUCUACAACAACACCUAAGGGACAAUGAAGAAUCCUUGAAAAUGUGCUUGUUCAGUUGCUUGUAUAUAACUAAACCCCAAUUCCUCAGAAUGUAAUGUGAUUAUGCACAAGAUGUUCACAUGAUACUAAGGGCAUUAUGUUACCUUGAAUCAUUUCACUGAUUUUGUUGCAAAUCCCAGCUGCAAAGUCUCUGCAGCAUGAAAGGGACAGAGAAAAUAACAUGUUCAAUGAGUUCAAUACAUCCUUAUUCUUCAUUCCUGGAUGGGGCAUUGAACAAAAACAAUUGUGUGAACAGUUUGCAAGGAAGUUGGCUAUAUUAAAAUCCUGACAGAUCGGCCAGACAACACAGCUACCACAUUGAAACUUAUCUCAAACCACUUACUUUGACUGCGCAGAGAAGCAGGCUGAUGCAAAGAUGGCCGCCUCUACUUCAGCGUUGUCGUGAGAGUCUAGACUUUGGUGAACGCUGUGAUGGGCAUUCUUCCUUUCAGGGAUGAUAGUGGCCAAACUGCCAAGCAUCCUUUUUUUUUUUUUUUUUUUGGUCAUUUAGCAGACACUCUUAUCCUGAGCAACUUACAUGAGCAAUUAGGGUUAAGUGCCUUGCUCAAGGGCACAUCGACAGAUUUUUCACCUAGUCGGCUCGGGGAUUAGAACCAGCGACCUUUCGGUUACUGGCACGCUCUUAACCACUAAGCUACCUGCCGCCCCAUCCUUAAUAAAAUAAAAUCAGGACGAAUCACACAGAGAUUCAGAAAUCAUGUAAACGGAGAUGAUUGAGUCUUAAAAAAAGAAGUUUUGUCUUCUAUGGUGUAUGUAUCCCAUUUUCUUUUGGAAUCAGUGAGGUUUCAAAUUUUUUCAUGCACUGACGAUGUAGCCUUGCAUUGCUCUUGAAAUAGUUGUAGGUAUGUAAUAUUUCUGAAUCAAUUGUCUGAGUUGUGAGACUAAUGAUGACCUUCAUGCAAAUCUGUAACACAGCUACUGUGUUGAAUGUGGAUUCAACCACCAUCAUAAUAAUCAAGCCCUAAUGGAAAGACAAAGAGAGGAGCAUGCCAUGGAGAGUGAUGGCUCUGGUCACAGGGUCAUUGCUGUGGAUGACAGAGAACACUUGACAAACUCGUCCACGUUGAGAAUCUUCUCAAGGUGCUUCUCGCUCUGUUGAGUCACCUUCAACACACAGAGGCGCAGAAAGUUGUUCCUGAAAGAGGGGAGAGAUGUUUAUUUAUUACAGUAUAAGGACAAUAUGGUAAAAUCUCACUCUGGUUAGCUGCCUUGAACGAUUCUGAGGCAGAGGUUUAUGCAUUUUGAUAUUGAUCAGUACUGCAUUGUAUUUAGGAUUUUGCAGAGUAAUGUUUUGUUUAAAUGUCACAAUCCUCUGUUUCCCAAGCCUGAAGGUGUCUGCCCGUUUCAGGACGGCAGAGUUGAUGAGGAUGGGGAAAGGGAAAGGGUACUUCUGGAAAAGUUUGGGGAAGAGGACCACCGCUUCACAUUGCCCGCCAAGCUUCCCAAACUGCUAACCUGUAAUAAAUGAAAGACAGUCAAACAUUUAGAUAAUCUAAGCAGUGUACACAUUGGGAACUUAUAGACAACUUUGAGUUAUCACAUUUACAUUUUACAUUUACAUCAUUUAGCAGACGCUCUUAUCCAGAGCGACUUACAAAUUGGUGCAUUCACCUUAUAGCCAGUGGGAUAACCACUUUACAAUAUGUAUAUAUAUAUUUAUUUAUUUUUUGUGUUUUUUCUUUUUUUCUUUUUUUUGGGGUGGGGUAAGGGGGGGUGGAAGGAUUACUUUAUCCUAUCCCAGGUAUUCCUUAAAGAGGUGGGGUUUCAAGUGUUUCAAGAACUGUGCUUCCGCAGAGGUAGGGGGGCCAGCAGGCCAGAGGUGGAUGAACGCAAUGCCCUCGUUUGGGUGUAGGGACUGAUCAGAGCCUGAAGGUACGGAGGUGCCGUUCCCCUCACAGCUCCGUAGGCAAGCACCAUGGUCUUGUAGCAGAUGCAAGCUUCAACUGGAAGCCAGUGGAGUGUGCGGAGGAGCGGGGUGACGUGAGAGAACUUGGGAAGGUUGAACACCAGACGGGCUGCGGCAUUCUGGAUGAGUUGUAGGGGUUUAAUUAUUAUUAUUAUUAUUAUUAAUGGCACAGGCAGGGAGCCCAGCCAACAGCGAGUUGCAGUAAUCCAGACGGGAGAUGACAAGUGCCUGGAUUAGGACCUGUGCCGCUUCCUGUGUAAGGCAGGGUCGUACUCUCCGAAUGUUGUAGAACAUGAACCUACAGGAUCGGGUCACUGCCUUGAUGUUAGCGGAGAAUGACAGGGUGUUGUCCAGGGUCUCGCCAAGGCUCUUCGCACUCUGGGAGGAGGACACAACGGAGUUGUCAACCGUGAUGGCGAGAUCAUGGAACUAGAAGUCCUUCCCCGGGAGGAAGAGCAGCUCCGUCUUGCCGAGGUUCAGCUUGAGGUGGUGAUCCGUCAUCCACACUGAUAUAUCUGCCAGACAUGCAGAGAUGCGAUUCGCCACCUGGUUAUCAGAAGGGGGAAAGGAGUAGAUUAGUUGUGUGUCGUCUGCGUAGCAAUGAUAGGAGAGGCCAUGUGAGGAUAUGACAGAGCCAAGUGACUUGGUGUAUAGCAAGAAUAGGAGAGGGCCUAGAACUGAGCCCUGGGGGACACCAGUGGUGAGAGCACGUGGUGCGGAGACAGAUUCUCGCCACGCCACUUGGUAGGAGCGACCGGUCAGGUAGGACGCAAUCCAAGAGUGAGCCGCGCCGGAGAUGCCCAGCUCGGAGAGGGUGGAGAGGAGGAUCUGAUGGUUCACAGUUGUCACGGAUUCUGCCGAGGCUGCUCCUCCUCCUUGCUCGGGCAGGCUUCGGCGUUCGUCGUCCCCGGAGUACUAGCUACUGCCGAUCGAUGUUUCGGUGUUUGUCUUGUUCUGUCUUGAGUGGUUACACCUGUUGUCUAUUAUGUUUGAUUGUAGAUCCUAUAUUUACCCAUGUCUCACGUUUGGUAUUUGUGUGUUAUUGUUUGUGUCUAGGCGGUAUCGGCAUUGCUUUUGUCGUAUUACGUGUAUUUAGUUUUUCCUCCCGGUUCGGAGGCUUUGUUUGUUCUUUACUAUUAGUAAAGUACGUCUGCUAGUAUCUCUGUGUCCUGCGCUUGACUUCACUCACCGCAUACACGUCGCUCCUGACAGAAUAACACACCAACAUGGAGUCAGCAGGAUCAGCGGUGCCAACGGGAUCACUAGAGGAGCGCGUAAUCCACCAAGACGCCAUGAUCCAGAAACUGGGCACCGCCAUGCAAGAGGUGAUGAAUACCUUGAGCCGAUGGGAGAGAGGAGGUUUGCCCACACCUCCAACAAUACCACCACCAUCAGCCAUACCCAUCGUUCCAUCUCCGGAGUCCAGUGGGAUUCGGCUCUCGCUCCCGAGGGCUUAUGAUGGCACUGCGGCCGGGUGUCAGGGUUUCCUGCUCCAAGUAGAACUCUACCUGGCAACCAUCCACCCGGCGCCCUCGGUAUACGAGAGCGUUUCCGCCCUCAUCUCCUGUCUGUUCGGCAAGGCACUGGAGUGGGCCAACGCCGAGUGGAGGGUAAUAGACGCCGCUACAGUCAGUUAUGCGGACUUCUCCCGCCGCUUCAGGGCGGAGCGUCUGUUCCACCUCAGACAGGGGAAGAGGAGCGCGCAGGAAUUCGCACUGGAUUUCCGGACUCUGGCUGCCAAUGCGGGAUGGAAUGAGAGGGCCCUCAUCGACCACUAUAGGUGCAGCCUAAGGGAGGACGUUCGCCGAGAGUUGGCCUGCAGGGACACCAACCUAAGUUUCGAUCAGCUGGUGGACAUGUCGAUUCGUCUGGAUACCCUAUUGGCUACCCGCGGACGUCCGGAGCUGGGGCCGUCCAUUCCAUCCCCCAGCACCUCCGAGCCGAGCCCUAUGGAGCUCGGGGGUGCUGGUGCUAGAGAGAAGAAGAGGGAGACCAGGAGAGAGGCCGUCCCCUGCACCAACUGUGGCCGCAGAGGACACACUGCGGUUCGGUGCUGGGGAGGGUCUCCCAGGGAUCGAGGCAGCAGGCCACGCACUGAUGAGUCAUUCCAGGUGAGUAAGCGCCCAACUCACCCAGAGCUCUCUGUUGUACACAUGUGUAUCCAAGUUGUGUUUCCCGAGGUUUCUUCUCACUCCCAGCAUAAGGCGCUAGUCGAUUCAGGCGCAGCUGGGAAUUUUUUUGAUCGCAGUUUCUCGUAUAAGUUAGGGAUUCCCCUUAUACCAGUUGAUGUGCCCUUCCCCAUCCAUGGCCUAGACAGCCGCCCUUUGGGGUCGGGAUUGAUUAGGGAGGUCACAGCGCCACUUAAGAUGAAGACGCAGGGGGGUCAUGAGGAGAUUAUACAGUUGUAUUUGAUUGACUCUCCUGCGUUUCCCGUGGUGUUGGGGCUUCCCUGGUUAAUAUCUCAUGACCCCAACAUUUCAUGGCAACAGAGGGCUCUCAGGGAAUGGUCUGAUCAGUGUGUCGGGCGGUGUAUAGGUGUUUCCGUAGGGGCAACGACGGUGGAAAGUCCGAACCAAAUGACCGCACUGCACAUUCCUCCUGAGUAUACAGAUUUGGCAAUCGUCUUCAGUAAGAAGAGGGCGACUCAAUUACCACCUCAUAGACAUGGGGAUUGUGCGAUAGACCUCCAGGCAGGCGCUGCACUUCCGCGUAGUCAUGUGUAUCCUCUGUCUCAGGAGGAGACGGCGGCUAUGGAGACAUACGUCACCGAAUCUCUGGGACAGGGAUACAUACGGCCAUCCACUUCUCCUGCGUCCUCGAGUUUCUUUUUUGUGAAGAAGAAGGAUGGGGGUUUGCGCCCGUGUAUUGAUUACCGUGGUCUCAAUCAGAUUACCAUUAAAUACAGUUAUCCUCUCCCUCUGAUUGCGAGUAUGACGGAGUCAUUACACGGGGCGCGAUUCUUCACAAAAUCUCAGGAGCGCUUACAACCUGCUGCGCAUUAGGGAGGGAGAUGAAUGGACAACAGCAUUUACUACCACCUCGGGCCACUAUGAGUAUCUCGUCAUGCCAUACGGGUUAAUGAAUGCUCCUUCAGUCUUCCAAUCAUUUGUGGACGAGAUUUUCCGGGAUUUGCAUGGACAGGGUGUAGUGGUGUAUAUUGAUGACAUUCUAAUAUACUCUGCUACACGAGCCGAGCAUGUGUCCCUGGUGCGUCGGGUGUUGGGUAGGCUGUUGGAGCAUGACUUGUAUGUGAAGGCGGAGAAAUGCCUGUUUUUCCAGGAGUCCAUCUCCUUCCUGGGACAUCGGUUGUCCGCGUCAGGGGUGGAGAUGGAGAUUGACCGCAUUUCAGCCGUGCGUAAUUGGUAGACUCCCACCACGGUUAAGGAGGUGCAGCGGUUUUUGGGUUUUGCCAAUUACUACCGGAGGUUUAUCCGGGGUUUUGGACAGGUAGAAGCUCCCAUCACCUCCUUGCUAAAGGGGGGCCCGGUGCGUUUGCAGUGGUCGGCUGAGGCGGACAGGGCGUUUAGACAUCUGAAGGACCUGUUCACCUCGGUUCCGGUGCUGGCACAUCCAGACCCUUCUUUGGCGUUCCAAGUUGAGGUGGAUGCGUCCGAGGCGGGGAUUGGUGCUGUACUGUCUCAACGCUUGGGCACGCCUCCUAAACUCCGUCCCUGUGCCUUUUAUUCUAAGAAGCUUAGUCCGGCGGAACGCAAUUAUGACGUGGGGGACAGGGAGCUGCUAGCGGUGGUUCAAGCCCUGAAGGUGUGGAGGCAUUGGCUUGAGGGGGCUAAACACCCUUUCCUCAUUCUGACUGACCAUCGUAACCUGGAGUACAUCCGGGAAGCGAGGAGACUGAACCCUCGUCAGGCUAGGUGGGCCAUGUUUCUUACCCGGUUUGUAUUUAAGCUCACGUAUAUACCAGGGUCACAGAACGUGAAGGCAGACGCCCUGUCCCGGCGAUAUGACACAGAGGAGAGGUCCAUUGAGCCCACUCCCAUACUUCCGUAGUCUUGUCUAGUGGCACCGGUGGUGUGGGAGGUCGAUGCGGAGAUCGAGCGGGCGUUACGUACAGACCCUACUCCUCCUGAGUGUCCAGAGGGGCGGAAGUACGUGCCGCUCGAGAUCCGUGAUCGACUGAUAUAUUGGGCUCACACGUCACCCUCCUCUGGUCAUCCGGGUAUUGGUCGAACGGUGCACUGCCUUAGCCACUGAUGGCCCACCUUGGCAAAGGACGUGAGGGUUUACGUUUCUUCCUGUUCGGUGUACGCUCAGUGUAAGGCGCCUAGACACCUGCUCAGAGGGAAGUUACAACCUCUACCCGUUCCACAACGGCCGUGGUCUCACCUAUCGGUGGACUUUGUCACGGACCUUCCCCCCUCCCAGGAGAAUACCACAAUCUUGGUCGUUGUGGAUCGGUUUUCUAAGGCCUGCCGUCUCAUUCCAAUGCCAGGUCUCCCUACAGCCCUACAAACGGCCGACGCCUUGUUUACUCACGUCUUCCGGCACUACGGGUGCCUGAGGAUAUAGUGUCUGAUCGGGGUCCCCAGUUCACCUCUAGAGUCUGGAGGGCGUUUAUGGAACGUUUGGGGGUCUCGAUUAGCCUUACCUCGGGUUUUCACCCUGAGAGUAAUGGGCAGGUGGAGAGAGUAAACCAGGAUGUGGGUAGGUUUCUGAGGUCCUAUUGCCAGGACCGGCAGGAUGAGUGGUCGGGGUAUAUCCCCUGGGCAGAGAUAGCCCAAACUCACUUCGCCACUCCUCCACUAAUCUUACUCCUUUUCAGUGUGUGUUGGGGUAUCAGCCGGUCCUUGCACCCUGGCAUCAGAGCCAGAUCGAGGCUCCUGCGGUGGAUGAGUGGUUUCGGCGCUCGGAGGAGACAUGGAACGCUGCGCAUGUCCAUCUGCAGCGGGCUAUCAGUAGGCAUAAGGCGAGCGCCGAUCGCCACCGCAGUGAGGGUCCAGUGUAUGCACCUGGAGAUCGGGUCUGGCUCUCGACUCAAAACCUGCCCCUUCGCCUGCCCUGCCGGAAGCUGGGUCGGCGGUUUGUGGGGCCAUUUAAAGUCCUGAGGAGAUUGAACGAGGUAUGUUAUAGGUUACAACUGCCCAUAAAUUACCGCAUUAACCCCUCGUUCCAUGUGUCUCUCCUCAGGCCGGUGGUAGCUGGUCCACUCCAGGAGAAUGAGAUACGAGAGGCUCCUCCGCCCCCACUAGACAUCGAAGGGGCUCCGGCGUACUCAGUCCGUUCCAUCGUGGAUUCGAGACGUCGGAUGGGGGGUCUGCAGUAUCUCGUGGAGUAGGAGUGGUACGGUCCGGAGGAACGGUGCUGGGUCCCUAGGAGGGACAUCCUAGAUCCCUCCCUCUUGACGGAGUUCCACCGGAGUCAUCCGACUCGCCCUGCUCCGCGUCCUCCUGGCCGUCCCCGAGGCCGGGGUCGGCGCACGGCUGGGACCGCGCGUCAAGGGGGGGUACUGUCACGGAUUCUGCCGAGGCUGCUCCUCCUCCUUGCUCGGGCAGGCUUCGGCGUUCGUCGUCCCCGGAGUACUAGCUACUGCCGAUCGAUGUUUUGGUGUUUGUCUUGUUCUGUCUUGAGUGGUUACACCUGUUGUCUAUUAUGUUUGAUUGUAGAUCCUAUAUUUACCCAUGUCUCACGUUUGGUAUUUGUGUGUUAUUGUUUGUGUCUAGGCGGUAUCGGCAUUGCUUUUGUCGUAUUACGUGUAUUUUGUUUUUCCUCCCGGUUCGGAGGCUUUGUUUGUUCUUUACUAUUAGUCAAGUACGUCUGCUAGUAUCUCUGUGUCCUGCGCUUGACUUCACUCACCGCAUACACAUCGCUCCUGACAACAGUAUCAAAGGCAGCAGACAGGUCUAGAAGGACAAGAGCAGAGGAGAGAGAGUUAGCUUUAGCAGUGCGGAGAGCCUCCGUGACACAGAGAAGAGCAGUCUCAGUUGAAUGACCAGUCUUGAAACCUGACUGGUUUGGAUCAAGAAGGUAAUUCUGAGAGAGAUAGCAAGAGAGUUGGCUAAAGACGACACGCUCAAGAGUUUUGGAGAGAAAAGAAAGAAGGGACACUGGUCUGUAGUUGUUGACAUCAGAGGGAUCUAGUGUUGUUUUUUUGAGAAGGGGUGCAACUCUCGCUCUCUUGAAGACGGAAGGGACAUAGCCAGCGGUCAAGGAUGAGUUGAUCAGCGAGGUGAUGUAAGGGAGAAGGGCGAGAGAGAAAAGGAUACAAAGUAGUGGUCGGAGACAUGGAGGGGUGUUGCAGUGAGAUUAGUAGAAGAACAGCAUCUAGUAAAGAUGAGGUCAAGCGUAUUGCCUGCCUUGUGAGAAGGGGGGGACGGUGAGAGGGUGAGGUCAAAAGAGGAGAGGAGUGGAAAGAAGGAGGCAGAGAGAAAUGAGUCGUAGGGAGGUUGAAAUCACCCAGAACUGUGAGGGGUGAGCCAUCCUCAGGAAAGGAACUUAUCAAGGCGUCAAGCUCAUUGAUGAACUCUCCAAGGGAACCUGGAGGGCGAUAAAUGACAAGGAUGUUAAGCUUGAAUGGGAUAGUGACUGUGACAGCAUGGAAUUCAAAUGAGGAGAUAGACAGAUGGGUCAGGGGAAAAAGAGAGAAUGUCCACUUGGGAGAGAUGAGGAUUCCUGUGCCACCACCCCGCUGACCAGAUGCUCUCGGGGCAUGCGAGAACACAUGGUCAGACGAGGAGAGAGCAGUAGGAGUAGCAGUGUUUUCAGUGGUAAUCCAUGUUUCCGUCAGCGCCAAGAAGUUGAGGGACUGGAGGGUAGCAUAGGCUGAGAUGAACUCUGCCUUGUUGGCAGCAGAACGGCAGUUCCAGAGGCUGCCUGAGACCUGGAACUCCAUGUGGGUGGUGCGUGCAGGGACCACCAGGUUAGAGAGGCAGCAGCCACGCGGUGUGAGGCUUUUGUAUAGCCUGUGCGGAGAGGAGAGAACAGGGAUAGACAGAGGCAUAGUUGACAGGCUAGAGAAAAUGGCUACAAUAAUGCAAAGGAGAUCGGAAUGAAAUGAACUAAACAUCUGGGAAAGGAGAGAGCGGGGCCUCCCUCACUUACGUUUCACUGAAACACCCAAAUAUAACUCUCCCAACUUCCACCUCAGAAACUAUAAUUGUUGUAAACUACAGCGGUUCAAUGUUUUCUAGGAAUAGACUAACUUAGUUUAUUCAGCUAGCUAACUUGGUACAGUAUUCUUCUGUGAAAAUCGUCCAGGGCACCUAGUCAUAUGACGCCACAGCCAACUAGCAUGCUGGACCCCAACAACACGGUUUAGCACCAAUACUCGGCCACAACAAACCACCAGUGUGUCAACACGCCAAGCAGAUCAUUCGUGUCCGUGUCUAACUAGCAAACAAGCUAGCUUGUUUGCUAGUUAUUUUAAUUGUAGUAGCUAGCUUAGCAAGCUAGUUGCUAGAUAACAGGCUAACUGUUCACACCUUUGUCCAACUCCAUGAGGGCUGGAUUUGUAACCAAUUAUUGUUCCCCAUAACCAGCCUCUGACAAGAAUGGACGUGCAGUUGAAAGCAACAUUGUUUAUAUUUUAGACUUCACGAGAAAUAACUUUAUAAUCUCUUUAACAGUAUCAAUUUAGCCACUGAAUUUAGCAUGUUCCAUUCGGCACAUAGGUAGAAAGUGACGUAAUACAUGAAGUGUCAACUUUCCAACCAAUCAGCGCGUGUGACGCAACUUUAGCGGGGGAUUGGUCCUAUCUUUCUGUUACUUCAGUUCGCGGGAAAGAGGAGCCCCGAACUGAUGACCACCGCACAGAAAUUCCUCUGAAGAAUCGAAAUAGUUUUAAAAUCAUCUGGCUUCGGCUAGUUACAGAAAUGCUUUUUCGCUCCAUUGUUGACAGAGGAGUCUGUAAACGGAGGCGCAAUGGUGAGAAUGUCAAUUUAUAGGGAUCCAGACAGUUUUCCGUCUGGUUUGACUCUUAUUAACGUUAACUAGCUAUAGUUAGCCCAAAGUAAGCUAGCUAGCUCAGCUGUGUCCACUUCAGCAGUGUUGGCUGCUAGGCUGGCCAUUUUGUGUCGACGAUAGCUAGAUCUACUCAAUCGAUUGUUAACUCGUUGAUUCAAAAAAAAUGCAUAUCCUGAUCAUGUUACUAUCUUAUACUCGGAGGCAUAUUUUCAUUUAAUAUGUGUCUUGUUAAUUGUUGUUGUGGGAAGUACUGGUAGCUAGCUAGUUAAUGACUAACGUGACUAAGCCAAGGACCUACCUAGGCCGGACUGGGGUUAGGGUGGCUCUCGAUGCAGUAUUUCACUGCAUGUUCCUCAGUGGCAAUUUAUUUAUUUCUCCAUCCCCAACAGACCUCAGCCCAAAAUACAAUUUGUCCUCUCUGCUGGACGGCUACCAGUGUGCCCGUCAUGAUGAACACAUCUCACACGGGACCUUGGGGGUCGCCGUGCCCCCAGUUGGAUGCGCCUUCUCUACAGGUAAUACAGGAAAUAUUGUACUCUGUCUUUGAGGGCGACAACCAUGAACCACUGUCCUGAUUUCGUUCUUUUUUUUCUUUUUUUAACCGCUUAUUUUCCUGACGUUCUCAGCCCCGGGGAUGCAGGGCGUCCUUGCGGUGGCCAAUGAGGAGGGAGUCCUGAGGCUCUACAACACAGAAAACCGCAGGAAAAGUCCACUUCUGAAAGGUAAGUUAUGCCUGAGUGGCAGAAUCACACCACCAACAACAGAGUAACUCAAGUAUCUUGUUUAUUCAGCUCAGACAACAGAUGGUAUGAUCAUGAAGCUCCCUUAUGAUGCAGACCCCCUAGGAAGGUUGAGGCACAACACUAGUUGUGUGACUAGCCAAUAGCCACUGCAGCUGUCUGAAUCACCAGUCUAGCUUGCCUUGUUGUAGGCCAAUUGGGGUACAAACUUAAUGUAUUCUAUUCCACAGAAUGGAUGGCACAUGAUAAUGCUGUCUUUGACCUUGCUUGGGUGCCAGGGGAGGCUAGCUUGGUGAGUAUACAUUUUUCCUGGUUGUUUCACACACGGUGAUCAGACAAGUAUUUUUUUAAUAGACAUUUUAUAGGACACAUGAUAAAAUUAUGUUUGUGUAUUUCCACCAUCAGGUGACCGCAUCAGGUGAUCAGAUGGCCAAGCUGUGGGAUGUGACAUCAGGGGAGCUCCUUGGCAGCUUCAAGGGGCACCAGUGCAGCCUCAAGUCUGUUGCAUUCACACAGCAGGAGAAGGGUACAUUUCUAAUCAAUUCAAUAUAACUUUAUUGUCCCAGAGGGGCAGCGCACGAUACAUUGAAAACAUGUAGACAUAUUCUUCCUGAAUGCAGGGACACUGCUUGCUCCAUCGAGUGUAUGGUCUUUCAGACUUUACAUGUGUAUAGCCAUGCCACAAAUAUUAGUUAUAUGAUUAGUCGUAGGCAUCAUCACUGACCAGCUUGACAGCUCAGCUACUGAAAACAUCCGGACACUGCGUCUCUGAGUAACCAUGGUAACCGUCCGCUCUGGCUUCUCUCUUCUCCCACAGCUGUGUUCUGUACUGGGGGGCGAGAUGGGAAUAUUAUGGUCUGGGACACAAGGUGCAGCAAAAAAGGUAAAGCCAGAUAUAAAAGUGGUUACGCUUUUCUUUAGUGUUUUGAGUUUUUCAGUGAGUAAUCUUUGAAACCCAGAGCUAAAAUCUUGGGUUAUUGCAUCAGAUGCUCGAUUAAGUUGUGCGGGGAGACGUGUUAGAAAAAUGUUAGAAAAUAUACUAUAAGGAGGAGCGGAAGCAGGCCGGUAGCUCCACCCCCUCUCUCUGCAAGUCGGCCAAAUGUCCCCUCCCCUUUCCGAAAUUCAAAAACGGGCGAACACCUGCAAAAUCGAUGAUUUGUCCAAAUGAUCAGUGACAAAAAAAUCUGUGCACCGGUACAAAGUACCUUGUUAGUCAUCGCAUCCCACAGUCUGUUGAUAGAUGCUACGAUGCCAGUUAUGUUACGUAGUCUGUCCACAAGAGAUUAUUCGGUGAGUAAUGGUGUUGGUUGUUUUUCCCUCAGAUGGCUUCUACAGGCAGGUGAAGCAGAUCAGUGGGGCUCACAAUAAGACAGACAGAAACACACCCUCUAACACGAAGAAGAAACGCCCCGGCACACGCGGCAUGGCCCCCUCUGUGGUGAGUGGUAAAACCCUAAUACCAUUAACAACUGACCCAGUGUCAGCUUUGUUUUUCAUAUUGAUCAUGAUUAGGGACUGGGAUAGUAAGAACUGAUCUUCAUCUCUCUUGUAGGACUCCCAGCAGAGUGUCACGGUGGUUCUGUUCCAGGAUGAACACACAGUCAUCUCCUCAGGAGCUGUUGAUGGGUAAGAAUAAUCUAAUAAGACAGGGCCAUAUUAAUUUAGACACACCGUAACAUAACGUUUUACAAUGGGUAACUAAAUCAAGCAUUUCUUAUGGGAGAAAUUCAGAUGGUACCACCCUGUUUCCUUCCGUUUUGUGCAUACUGAACAUGACCCAGAUGACUGUUGUAAGGAUGUAUGUGACGCCUGCAUCACGCAGAACGAUUCUGACAUGAAUUGUGAUGUAUUUAUCCUCCUAACCAGGAUAAUCAAGAUGUGGGACCUUCGGAAAAACUACACGGCGUACCACCAUGACCCCAUCCCCCUCCAGGCGUACCCGUACCCAGGAACGAGCACACGGAAACUAGGUGGGUUUUCUCAAACAUGGCUAUGGCCCAAUUUGAAUUCUUCAAAAUUGCAUCUUCCCUUCCUUGAAUUAGGCUAAUAACUUAUCAGACCUCACUGGAUUGGUGAAAGCUAUUUGGUCUCUGGAACCCCUACUUUCACCUAGCCAACAGUAUCAGAUCAGUGAUUACUUCAAAGGAAUGAAGGAAACAUUUUACAAGUAUUCAAAUAGGACCUAGGUUGAGUCAAUUUUUAGGGUUUCCUCGUGUAGGACCUGACCUGUGUUGUCUGUGUGACAGGUUACUCAGGGCUGGUGUUGGACUCCACAGGCUCCAACCUGUUCUCCAACUGCACCGACGACAACAUCUACAUGUUCAACAUCAGCGGGCUGAAAACCACUCCAGGUAAACAAAUGCUCCAUACAAAGCUCAUUCUAUGUCAUCCUGUUUCCAUGGCUACAUCCAUCAGAAGCAUGUCUGCAUUUAGCCUGUGACUUUGUUUUUAUAGCAAGUUACUUUAAUGCAUCUGCUGUAUAGUCUCCCACCCAUUCACAUUCAGCUCCCCGCACGCCAUUACAUUUCAAUCUGCCAGUACCACUGUUUACCACCAGAUGGGGCUGCACACUACUUCUGUUCAGUUGAGGCUAUUUACAUUUUACAUUUUAGUCAUUUAGCAGACGCUCUUAUCCAGAGCGACUUCCAUUUGAUGUAUGGAAGUUGUCUGUCAGUUUGGUAAAAAUGCCAUACUUUGGGAAGAUUAAUUUGCUUAAAUAGCUAGUUGUACAGCAUGGGGUCUCCAACCUUUUUCUAGCAUGAGAGCUACUUUAAAAAAAUUAAACAUGUCGCGAGCUUCUCGUUUUUGUUCUAGCUUUCAUAUAGGCACAUUCUUCUCUUCUCUCCCCUGCAACUCUUCCCCGGGUUCUUAGUGUACAAGAAAAAGUAGUGCACUAUGUUUUCUGUCAAAUAAUUAAGUAAUAAGGCACGAGGGGGUGUGGUAUAUGUCCAAUAUAUCAUGGCUAAGGGUUGUUCUUAAGCACGACGCAACGCGGAGUGCCUGGAUACGGCCCUUAGCCAUGGUACAUUGGCCGUAUACCACAAACCCCCAAGGUGCCUUAUUGCUAUUAGAAACUGGUUACCAAUGUAAUUGGAGCAGUAACAAGAGAUGUUUUGUCAUACCCGUGGUAUACGGUCUGAUAUACCAUGGCUGUCAGCCAAUCAGCAUUCAGGGCUCAAACCACCCAGUUUAUAAUGGUUAAUAAACAACUCUAAGGGGGCCCUGUAAAAUCCAUUUUUCUCCACCCCAAAUUACUUUUCCAGGUUUUAUAGAGAAACAAUGAAAUUGGAUGUUCUGAGUCCAUGUCGAUGAUUAUAUCACAUCGGAAGACAAUGUUUUUUUAGGUCUGGAAGAAAACUAACACAUGAAUUUUUUUUUGUUAUGGUAGGUGGAAGAAGAACAACCUUUAGUAAACGCCUGCUCUAUCAAUGAGUAAUUGCGCAUUCCUAAUACCCUGGAUGUGCUGUCUUGGCCAUUGUGGUCUAGUGAGUUCCGCGACUGCUCAUUCAUGGAUCGAACAGUUCUUAGGGCAAGUUAAUGAUGAGGCCUAACACUACCCAUCAAAAGUGGCGCAAUAUCACCAUCGAAGAUUUUUUUUAGUUGACUACUUUUUUUUUUGGUGUUUUAGGUCUGAAGAAAAGUAACACAUUUAGAUUUUGUGUAUUCUAAAUGCACAUGAAAUAGAUGUGCUACUGAUACUGCUCCAUUUCCAUGGCAAAGUUGCAAAUAAUGAUACAAUGAUACACCUACCAGUCAAAAGUUUGGACAGUCUAAUCAUUCAAGGAUUUUUCUUUAUUUGUACUAUCUUUUUUUUUUUACAUUGUAGAUUAAUAGUGACGACAUCAAAACUAUGAAAUAACACAUAUGGAAUCAUGUAGUGAUACCAAAAAGUGUUAAACAAAUCAAAAUAUAUUUAUAUUUGAGAUUCUUCAAAGUAGCCACCCUUUGCCUUGAUGACAAGCUUGCACACUCUUGGCAUUCUCUCAACCAGCUUCACCUGGAAUGCUUUUCCAACAGUAUUGAAUGAGUUCCCACAUAUGCUGAGCACUUGUUGGCUGCUUUUCCUUCACUCUGCCGUCCGACUCAUCCCAAACCAUCUCAAUUGGGUUGAGGUCGGGGGAUUGUAGAGGCCAGGUCAUCUGAUGCAGCACUCCAUCACUCUCCUUCUUGGUAAAAUAGCACUUACACAGCCUGGAGGUGUGUUGGAUCAUUGUCCUGUUGAAAAACAAAUGAUAGUCCCACUAAGCCCAAACCAGAUGGGAUGGCGUAUUGCUGCAAACCUCUGGGCUACUGUCAUUCACGUGCCUUUACAAUAGCCCAGAGGUUGUUGAAUGGCUGAAUGGGUACCAGCGUGUACAAGAGACUGUUUGACAGAGAGAUGAGAAAUACCUCAGUGUUUGUUUAUCAGUCCUCACAGUCUGGGUUGUGUUCAUUGGGACAUGCAACAGAAAACUAUUCAGGUUGCAAUGGAAAGAGAAAAUUAGCAGUUCUUAUUGGACAAGUCCAGGUAGCCCCUCCAUGUUUCAGUUAAUUCCCCUUUUGGUGCUUAAUGAACAGAUAGUUUGUAUGUAUUGAUAUGUAGGCUAUGUGUGCCAUUUUAAAAUUGAUGUAGUUCUGUCCUUGAACUGUUCUUGUCUAUAAAUGUGGACCCCAGGAAGAGUAGCUGCUGCUUUCGCCAAAUACCAAAUACCAAACACGGCCCUGGUAUUGUUUGCAACCGCUACUCCUCAGGAAUUAGCCAAGAAUGUAGCCCAGGGGGCUCUGACCUACCAUGUGACCAGUCUCUUGACCAAUCAGGAAGUAAUAUGUGGAGAGCCUCUUCAGGAUCCUGUUUGUUUACCACUUUUUGUGUACUCACCCUGUGUACUCUGAACAACUGAAAUGUUGUUCUGGUGGUUUCAAUGUCUGGUUCUGUGCACUUUUAUUUCUGAUGUUCCAACACGUCUUUCUGUUGCAGUGGCAGUCUUCGGUGGUCACCUCAACUCCUCGUUUUAUGUGAAGUCCACUGUUAGCCCCGACAACCAGUUCCUGGCUAGUGGCUCAAGUGACCAUCAUGCAUACAUCUGGAAGGUGAGCUGCCAUUUUUGAUUUGACCAAUCCAGUGAAAACCUUAGAAAAACAUACUGAUAGAUGAUGGCUGACAAAUCAACAUGCUUUGACUAUUCUAUCCAUGCGUUUAUAACAGUGUCUUACCAACUUAUUUUCUGAUUUCAGAUGUCCGACCCAAAACAGCCUCCCAUGAUGCUUCAGGGCCACAGCCAGGAAGUGACCUCCAUAGCAUGGUGCCCCACAGAUUUCACAAAGGUGAGAUCUAAGAUUUUGUCUAUGUUCACAUAGUCAGCAUGAUUUCAGAUGUUACAUUUUAGUAAUUCAGAUGAGUUUGAGUUUUAAAUGUUACUCAUUCGAGAACGCUCAUCCUGCAGCGGCCAGGGAAGAUACCUUUUUAAGCUGCCUUUAUAUCCAUUCUGUGUCCCUGGAGCAAAUGUUUUCAGUUUGAUCUGCUCAUUCUAAAUAUUAUGCUUUUGCCAUAAAACAGAAUUGUGAUAGUUGAAGUGGUCUGGAGGAGCAGGUUCAGGUUGGUAGCCUGGGUAGACCAGACUGAAAGCUGCGUUCACCAUUGAAACAAUGAUGAGCACAGCAUUCUGUCUGGUUUAACCAGGCUAGGAGAGGUGCAGAUUGGGGCCCUGUGUAAUCUCAUGCUCUGUCUUGGCAGAUUGCUUCCUGCUCUGAUGACAACACCGUACGGAUCUGGCGUCUGGACCGGGGGACGGAUCGAGCAAAGUCCUCUGUCGGAGAGGCCAAUCUGGUGGGCUGGGCAUAUCCUAAACCUGCCAUCACCGUGCCCAGUCCAAGUGAGUACCACCACCACUACUGCUGCUAUCUGUCAGUAGAGAGGGGGUCCAUGAAAUGUUUUACAUUCCAGUCAAUGAAAGAAUUGGAUUGUACAGGGUUCAUCUUUACUAAAAUGGCCUGAUGAGGAUUUGGCAGUAUCUAAAAUUCCAUAUCCAUUGUAGUGGUUACCAUCCUCAAAUGCUUUUACUGGUCUGUAUAUUGCCAACCAUAACAAAGAUGACUAUCUCCAAUGCUUCUUGAACAAGCUGAACUCUUUUGAUUGAAACUUAAACUCUGUUUCUCUCUCAGUGCCUUUGAACCAGGCGGAGUGCACCCCAGCCAAGAGUCCCCGGCCAGGGAGUCUGGGGGCCCUUGCCUCCCCCCAGCCUGCCGCCUGCGCCCCCAGUGGCGCCAACCUGCCUCUCGCCUCCAGCACCACCGCCGCCUCCCCCCUUCAGGCCCAGGGCGCCAAAGCCACCCUCAUACGUCAGAAAACGCCCUCAUUCAUCAGGAACUGGUUUGCCCAGACUCCCAGUGAACAGGUCACUCCUCCUCUCCGCAAGGUGCUCAGCCCCUGCCCCCAGAGUCCCGUCCCUACCCUUCACUCGGAGAGGAGGACCAAGCGCCGGCUGGAGACUGGUGACGGUGGGGCAGCAGGGGGCUGUGAAGGUUCGGGGGAGUGCAACUGCGUCACAGAGCUCUACCCCGCAGCCAAGAGGAGCCGGGGACUAGCAGGAGUGUGCUGCCCCAGCCAGGAGCAACCUCAUGCGGGCACAGAGAGGAGCGAGGCCUGGAGAAAAGCGGACCUCCAGGUGAGGCCUGUCCCAGCCACACAGGCAGACAAGGAGAACAGCUCUCCAGGAGGGGCAGACUGGUUGUCAGUGAUGAGCCAGAAGCUGAGGAAAGGUGUGGGAAACCCCAGCAGCACUCUCAGAAGCCCCAGUGCCUUCAAGAGGCAAGAUGGCAGGAUACCGACCUCACCGGUAUGCACAAGAUCCUAAGUUACAAGUUGACCAGAAAUGUGUGAAGUCUAUUGAUGUUCUUAACAGGAUUUGCUCCAUCUCUUGGAUGUGUUUUUCAUAAUGGUGUAAAAAAAAAACUACUUUCUAUUUAUUUUUUUUUCAUUUUAUUUCACCUUUAUUUAACCAGGUAAGCCAGUUGAGAACAAGUUCUCAUUUACAACUACAGUGGCUUGCGAAAGUAUUCACCCCCCCUUGGCAUUUUUCCUAUUUUGUUGCCUUACAACCUGGAAUUAAAAUGGAUACCACUUUGAAGAUGCAAAAUAUAUUUUUUUGUGAAGCAAACAAGAAAUAAGACAAAAAAACUGAACUUGAGCGCGCAUAACUAUUCACCCCCCCCAAAGUCAAUACUUUGUAGAGCCACCUUUUACAGCAAUUACAGCUGCAAGUCUCUUGGGGUAUGUCUCUAUAAGCUUGGCAUGUCUAGCCAUUGGGAUUUUUGCCCAUUCUUCAAGGCAGAACUGCUCCAGCUCCUUCAAGUUGGAUGGGUUCUGCUGGUGUACAGCAAUCUUUAAGUCAUACCACAGAUUCUCAAUUGGAUUGAGGUCUGGGCUUUGACUAGGCCAUUCCAAGACAUUUAAAUGUUUCCCCUUAAACCACUCGAGUGUUGCUUCCACAACUUUGUCCCUGACCUGUUUGGAGAGGUCCUUGGUGGUGCCCCUUGCUUAGUGGUGUUGCAGACUGGGUCCUUUCAGAACAGAUAGAUAUAUAUAUAUAUUAUAUGAGAUCAUGUGACACUUAGAUUGCACAGAGGUGGACUUUAUUGAACUAAUUAUGUGACUUCUGAAGGUAAUUGGUUGCAACAGAUCUUAUUUAGGGGCUUCAUAGCAAAGGGGGUGAAUACAUAUGCACACACCACUUUUCCGUUAUUUAUGUUUUAUAAUUUUUUUGAAACAGGUUAUUUUUUUCCAUUUCACUUCACCAAUUUUGACUAUUUGGUGUAUGUCCAUUACAUGAAAUCCAAAUAAAACUCCAUUUAAAUUACAGGUUGUAAUGCAACAAAAUAGGAAAAACACCAAGGGGGAUGAAUACUUUUACAAGGCACUCUGUGAUAACAGAUGGUGUUUCCCAAUGUAGAAAAAACACUGAUGUCUCUUACUGCAUAAUCAGGGAGCUGUUAUCGUUGACCUUUCUCCUGUUCCUUCCCUCUCCCAGGCAAUGCGUUCUCCCUCCUGGGAAAUGCGCUCACCGCGAUCCAUGAAGAAAAUAUCCUCCUACUUCCAGCGAAGGACUCGGGAGUGAUCAGGUUGGACUGAAAUUGUAUUUUCAGUGCUGACUCCGAGAGAACUGAGUGCAGAAUCCUUUAUGCUGCUCCUACAGUAUUUUAUAUUUGUAAAUUUUUUAUUUUAUUUCCUAUGAAUGUAUUUUGAUUUGGAUCACUUUUCAACAUAGAGAAAUCUUUUUAAAGAUACAUUUAUAUAUGUGGGUUGAUUCUUAACCUUAAAAUCCCCAAAAAUGGGUACAAUAUUGCGUAUCCUUAAAACAAGUUGUCCACUCAACAUAGAAGACAAACUUAGAAGAGAUUCCUGUUCUCAUGUCUUUAUUUUGUACAUUAACUUUGUAUAC